CGCUAACAUCACUCAAUGCAACAACAUAUCCGUAGACCCGUCCCUCUUUUUGUGACCUCCAAGUCGUCGCCUGGCUUAUUUGAGGGGCGGAAGGGCCACCACGAGGGAAUUACGAGCUAGGGACGGAGCCAAUUUAGUCGGCGCUUAUCGAGGCGGCCAAGAUGCCGUCUGCUAUCGACAGCCACGGCAUUGCGGGCGUCGCCGCAGCAGCCGCUUUCCUGGACGAGCAGCUCCAACGUGCCGAAUCUGUCAAGCGAACGGCGUCGAUUGAACCGCCCUUGGACAAGUCUCAUUUUGAGGACCUCAAUCGCCAACUCAGCGAUGCCCUUGGCCCUGAAUUGAUGGCUGAAGAUGCCACCGAUACAAAGAGGACACAGCGCUUUGCCAUCAUCGAGACUGCCGUUCGCGAUACUUUCAAGUCAUUGAUCGCGACGACGCCAAUCGAGUCGCCAGAAUUUGUCCGGGUCUGGAACCUCUUUGACAUCCUGUCCAUCCUCUCCGACAGUGAGCUCUGCGACCCUGCCCUGCUGUUUUGGCUCGUCGAGGAACUGCUCGACAGCCAGACAAUUGCCGGCUGCCGCAGGGUCUUUGACUUCCUUGAGUCACGGAGGGAGCGCAUCACAGCGAAGCAUUUCAAGCAGAAGCAGCUAGUCAUUCUGCGGACAUGCAACGAACUCCUCCGCCGCCUGUCCAGGGCGCUCGACCCGGCUUUUUGCGGAAGAGUUUUCAUUUUCAUGUUUCAGAGCUUCCCCCUGGGAGACAAGAGUUCGGUCAACUUGAGGGGAGAAUACCACGUCGAGAAUGUCACCACGUACGAUAGGGAGCCCCCAGCGAACGGCGAGGCCGACAAGAUGGAUGUGGACACCGACGCAAAGCCGCAGAAAGACAAACCGCUAGAUCCGGACGCCCUGUAUCCCAUUUUCUGGUCUUUGCAGGAAAGCUUCAACCAGCCAAAGAAACUCUUUGACCCCAGCCAUUUCGCCUCCUUCAAGGCCGGGCUCGAGGCCACCAUGGCCACCUUCCGAAGUAUCAAACCCGAGCAGCCAUCGCGGACCAAGGAGAAGCAGGACAGACAGAUGGACGAGGACAAACAGACCCUCAAGCGAAAGCGGGACGACGUUGAGGACGAGCUCGCCGGCGGGUUCAACCCAAAGUACCUCACCAGCCGAGACCUCUUCAAGCUCGAGAUCAGCGACCUGGCGUUCCGCCGUAACAUUCUCGUGCAGGCCCUUAUAGUGAUGGAGUUCCUCCUGUCCCUCUCUCCAAAAGCCAAAGAGAAGCUUGCCAGCGUCAAGACGCCCAACAAGUCGGUAACAUAUUCCGACCAGGUGCUCAGCGAGGACGACACCAAGUGGGUAACGGACAUGAAGGAGGCCAUCAUCGAGUACCUGAAGCAGGGGCUCGAAGGCCCUUACUUCAACCGCAUGGUCGAGACGGUCCUGUCGCGCGACAAGAACUGGGUGCGCUGGAAGAUCGAGAACUGCCCGUCCAUCGAGCUGCCGGUCAUGGCGCCCGACAUGUUUGUUGCGGCGCGCGCCCAGGCGGGGAAGCUGGCCGCGACCAAACGGCUGCGCGCGGCGCCGCUGGGCUCGCUGGCCCUCGACUUUCUUGGCGACGAGGACGAGGAGAGCGCAUUGCGGAGGCUAAAGGACCCGGCCCGCUACAGCCUACCCGAGCUGGCCAGCUUGCGACGGGGGAUUGCCGAUGACGAGUUUGAGAUUGAAAUGCCCACCAACGACGAGACCAAGGCCCAGGCGGCCGAGGGCAAGGCGAGCAAGACGUGGCGCGCGCUCAGGAUUGCGAGCAAGUCCCGCCUGGCGGUAUUCGAUCGGAUUGAGGACGACGACAAGAUCGACGUGGUCUUUGAAGACAAGCCCGUGGCCGAAGAAGAAGAGGCCGGGGCCCGAGGCAACGCCGAAGCGGACCAUGAAACCGCCGUGGUGAACGGAGAAUCGUCGGUCUUCCCUGACGACCGCAGACCGAUCGUCAUUGUCGACGCGGUCGCCUGCGCUUCUUCGUCUUCCUCGUCCUCCUCAGCUGGCCCCCGGUCGGGCGUUGCUGGUGAGCUGAUUGCCAAAUACCCCGGGACGUUUGCCCGCGUGCCUGUGCACGUCACGCGCCGGCCGCGGGAGGGAGAGGUAGACGGGUCCAACUGUCAUUUCGUCGAUGUACAGGCCUUCAACGUCAUGCGGGACGGGGACCAGUUGUUGGAGUUCAGCGGGGAAGGCGAUGAGUCCCGCGGUACGAGCAAAAGAGCGGUGGAGGGGAUUGUGGACCGCGGCCGGGUGCCAGUCAUGGACUUGGAUCGGGAGGGGGCGCAACAGGUCAAGGACAAUGGGUUCGACGCCAGGUUCAUCUUUGUGCGGCCGCCGGCCUCGGAUGCGCUGCAGAUGAGGCUGAAGGAUGACAGUAUGGAUGAGGAACAGGUUCAAAAGACGCUUCAAGCGGCGGCGGAAAUGGAAGAGGAAGCCAAAUCUGGCGGGUUCUAUGAUUCAGUUGUCGAAGCUGGGCUGGAGCCGUUAGAAGCGGUCGUAUUUGCAUCCGAAGGGGGUGGGCGGGCCGCAGCAGCGAGAGAGACCGGGGAUACGGCUAUGGAGGACGGGCCUCCCUCGUAAAGGGGCAUCGUUCAAUUGUUUAGGGGCCGGGAGUUGUAUAACGUUUGGUUGCGGCGAAACUACCUGGAUGACCUAGCGGACUGGUCAAGUCAAUCGUAGAUUAUUUUUGAGGCAAGCUCUGCGUACGAUAGCAUGAUACCCAGGGAGAGACAAGAUGAGCAUAACAUGACUUUGU